AUGGCAGUGAUGCAAUUGAGAAAAGGCCGUGCCCAACUAAAAACUGGCUGCAAGAUUCAAGAACUGCGAGACUGCGGGUCCGACUACGGGGUGUAUAGCAACACCACAAGGCUGGCAGAGCGUGGGCAGGAGUUUGAGCACGACUGCAAGUUGUACCUGAAGCAGAUCGAAUGUUCUAAAAAAUUUGGCGAGCGAUGCCUGGAGAACAUCGCCCGCGUAGUGACUAUGCUGGCUUUGAACGCCGCUGAGGAGGACUUUGAAGCCGCCUGCACCGAGGGCAAUGACCGCAACCAAUUGUACAUGUCUAGCAUCAAAUGCAUGAACUCUGUUGGGUCCAAACUGAACGUGUGCAUCAAGAACCUCUACGAGGGUCUGCAGACAGCCGUGACCAGCGCACAACGAGAAGAAAUCGUCUACUAUUCCUGCUGCUCGUACCACAGCACGGUUGACUGCGUCGAAGCGGCGUUGGCCGAGUGCGACGAGCCAGACUCGCCGGCACGCGAGUAUAUCACCACCGUCAUGGAUCGAGUCUUCGGCCAAGUACUGGGUCUCGUCUGUGGACCCUACUCGCGUGGAUCUCCAAACUGCCAAGAGCAGCCCCCGCUGCCACCUCUGGCAGCCAACGUGGCCAGGACACCCAGUCUGGUCGAGCUGGCCAUCGAGGUUGCCACCUCACUCCGAAAGAAACCCUAGACAUAGCGUUCAAUUAGCAUACUUUGUACACGUUGAAAAUUGUGGUCGUAAAUUGGAAUGAUACGACCCGUUCGAAGCCAACAGUUUCAAGCCCAGAGAAUUUCGCAUUUAUUAUAUUUUGUUGCUAUAAUCCUAAAGGACACAUUGUCGAAGGCAGGGAAAAACGGGUUAUCUUCGUAAAGGGAAAUGGUACGAAGUAAUUUUGAUAAACUAUGAGUACAUUAUAAAACAUCGGGCACGUCCACUUUUUUACACAAGUUCAGAAAACCAUAAAACAUACUGUGCAAUUGUGUAUUUAUAUACAUGAAUGUUUACACGAGCAGGCAACGUUAUAUAUCAGUUUUUUAUCGGUAAUCGAGAUCCGUCACUCAACACCCACGUGCCUGCAUGUGUGCUUUAUUAUUUCUUCAUCUUACAUCAUGCUAUCAAUCUGUCACCCUGCUUCCACUACGACAUAUUGAUUCCGGUGCUGAUUUUGUGGCCUUUGUACACGAGUCCAAUUUAAAAAAAAAAAGUGGUCCAGGAAGAAAAGUUGCCUGGAAACCCGUAGCC